CUCUUGCUUGUGUUUUCUAUUCCAGGUAACUUGUUCUUGGUGAGUCUGGCCUUGGCCGACCUGGUGGUGGCCUUGUACCCUUACCCACUAGUCCUCGUGGCCAUCUUCCAGGACGGCUGGGCCCAGGGGGAGGUGCACUGCAAGGCCAGUGCCUUUGUGAUGGGCCUGAGCGUCAUUGGCUCCGUCUUCAACAUCACUGCCAUCGCCAUUAACCGCUACUGCUACAUCUGCCACAGCCUGGCCUACCACCGCCUCUGCCGCCGCUGGCACACCCCCCUCUACAUCUGCCUGGUCUGGCUGCUCACCCUGGCAGCCCUGGUGCCCAACUUCUUCGUGGGGUCCCUGGAGUACGACCCGCGCAUCUACUCCUGCACCUUCGUCCAGACGGCCAGCGCCCGGUACACGGGGGCAGUGGUGGCCGUCCACUUCCUCCUUCCCAUGGCGGUCGUGUGCUUCUGUUACCUGCGCAUCUGGGUGCUGGUGCUCCGGGCCCGCAGGAAGGUCAAGUCGGACAACAAGCUGUGCCCCAGGUCCAGCAACGUCCGGAGCUUCCUGAGCAUGUUCGUGGUGUUCGUGAUCUUCGCCGUCUGCUGGGCGCCGCUGAACUGCAUCGGCCUCGCCGUGGCCGUCAACCCAGAAGCAGUGGCUCCCCAAGUCCCCGAGGGGCUCUUCGUUGCUAGCUACUACCUGGCUUAUUUCAAUAGCUGCCUUAACGCCAUCAUCUAUGGGCUCCUGAACCAGAACUUCCGCAGGGAAUUCCAGAAGAUCAUCUCUGCCCUCUGGAACCCACGGCGCUGCAUGCAGGACUCUUCCAAGGGCAGCCAGGCCGAGGGGCCAGAGAGCCAAGCUCUCCCCGAGGUUAGCGCCCAGCGCCCUGUUGGGGCAGAUACUCUGUAGAGCGCUCACUGACUGGGCGACAAUCUCAUGCGAUGGUGGGAGUGAACCUGCUCCCAGGGCAGGAUCGGGCAGCCUGCUGGGCGGUGCUCACCUGUUCACAGGACAGCACACGGCUGGUGGAACUUGAUCCUGUGGACCAG